AACAUUCGUAACCAGAUUUUUAUCGUCCCGUCAAUCCCGAAUCUACGGCAAAGUCGUGUAGAGGUAGAGCCCCCCAUCAAUUAAACGAUUAAUGACCGAACAACAAAUGCUGCUGCAACUGCAAGCAAAAGCACAUGGAAGGGCGAAAUGUUGAAGCUCAAGACCCCAACUCCACCCAAAAACACCGAGUGGUCUGUUGCAUAGGUGAUCUUCAUGGGUACGUGACCAAGCUCCAGAGACUCUGGACAAAUCUUGAAACCCUCAUAGGCCCGUCUGAUUUUGAGUCUGCCCUCGUCAUUUUCUUGGGUGAUUAUUGCGAUAGAGGUCCUGACACCCGCAAAGUCAUAGAUUUCUUGAUAUCUUUGCCCUCGAAAUACCCGAAACAGUCCCACGUUUUUCUGUGUGGGAACCAUGAUCUUGCCUUUGGGGCGUUCUUGGGGGUCCUUCCCAGGCCCCCGGAUGGCUCCCCCUUCUCGGAGACUUGGAAGGAGUAUGAGAUGAAUGAGGAGAGAGAGGGGUGGUAUAAAGGUGAGGGCUUUGAGAAUAUGCAUGUGCAGGGAAGGAGAUGGGCUGGCAAAAUUACUGUCAGAUUUAAUGCGCUGAAGGGCACUGAGUACAAGGGAUCGAUUUAUGAUGCUUGCCCCACGUUUGAAUCUUAUGGAGUUCCACAUGGAUCUGCUGAUUUGAUGAAGGCUGUUCCUGAUGAACAUAAAAAGUUCCUUGCUGAUUUGGUUUGGGUCCAUGACGAGGAUAACAUCAGCAUAGAGACUGAGGAAGGGAUUAAAAACUGUAAAUUGAUUGCUGUACAUGCUGGUUUGGAGAAAGAUAAAGAGAUUCAAAAACAGAUGGAAUCUCUGAAAGCCAAGGACACGAGGAUUUCUAAAGUGGAAGCUCUCAGUGGGAGGAAAAAUGUCUGGGAAAUUCCUCAGGAACUUACUAAAUCCCCAACGAUUGUGUUGAGUGGUCAUCAUGGAAAGCUCCACGUCGAAGGGCUUCGGUUGAUAAUAGAUCAAGGUGGUGGACUGGAGAAUAAUCCUGUGGCUGCAAUGGUGCUUCCGUCUAGGAUGGUUGUCCGUGAUACCGACGAUUUGAUAAAGUAAUUAUAACUCACAGGUUCAGGGCAUCACCUUCGUGCUUGUAGAUUGAGCACAUUCCAGCUCAACUAAUGGAGAUACUGAGCCUGCAAGGCUGGAACUGUACCAUGUCUUUACGGCGUCAUGUAAUUGUAAGUUGUUAGUAACGGUCCAAUGUUAGAAGCCAUCACCUCUAAAGGGCUGGCAUCAUCAUGCACUUGCCCAACUAGUCAUUAGAAAUUGUCCAAUUAUAGAAGUCUGAUUAUGCUCCCUCCGCCCCAUUGACAGUUCGGGAUAUCUCAGAAUAUUUAUUGUCUUAUCAAAGUCAAAGUAAUUUUUUAUCUCU